GCCGAGGAGCCUCAGUGAGAGGCGAACCAGCUCCAGUGCUGAGGGUCUCUCCUCCAGUCCCCCCCAGCAGCCCUCUGCCCUGGGACACACAGAGGCAGAGGGGGGACACCAGACCAGGUGACCUCUACACACACCAACUUUCAAACUGAGCAUAAUGCAAGAGGCAAGACUGUGUGUGGAAGCCAUGGCUCUCAGGUUACUCAGGAGGCAUAAGAUUACUGAGGGAGAGCUUUAACCGGUCCCAGGGCUGGAGGGAUCUGAUUGUAAGGCAGGCUGAGGGGGAGAAAAGGAGAGAGAAAGAGAGAGAGAGAGAGUGAGUGAGUAUGAGAGAAAGAAAGAGAGGGUGAGAGAGAGACCCAAAGCACCUGGAGCUACAAGCUGGUACAGAAGAGCUCAGACCAGGGGACGCCCCGAUCAGGUGACGGUGUCUUGGGAAUCAUCUCUCUGCUACAGAACAAGUCAGAACAAGCCUGGAUUCCUCCCUGAGCCUGCUGCCAUCUGAACUGUACAGUGAACAGGCUGGCCAGUGCUCGUGGUUACCCCUUGGUCAUUCAUCCUGGGUUAGACAGCUCCCCUGGGUUAGCACCCCGUGGAGGGGAGGGAGGCAAUGGAGGUUCCUCUUGUCAACUUUGAGAACCUGGAUGACAUCGGAAUCAACCUUGGAGACCCCAGCGAUUCGGGAUAUCCCACCUCACCAGUUUCGGAGGCUCCGGAAGCAAUCCAGAUGACACCUGGAAUGAAUUCACCAACGCACUCACCACAGAGGCACAGGCAGCCUGGGAACGCACCCCAGUCUCCCUCAACGCUCACGAAGAAAGGGACAUCGAGCUGCAACAGUCUCAUCUCUAGCUGGAAAGUACUUAUGAACAGCGAAGGCAGUCCAAGCGAGGCUCUUUUAGGAAAAGUGGCCAAGGACUGCUGUGAGGACUUGUUUGGGGAAAAGCAGAAACAUGAGGAGGGUGACCAGAGGGUAGUCAUCAACGUCUCAGGAAUGAUGUAUGAGACGACACUCAAAACCCUUAACCAGUUCCCUGACACUCUGCUCGGGGACCCUAAGAGACGGAUUGACUAUUUCGAUCCAAUGAAAAACGAGUAUUUUUUUGAUCGCAAUCGUCCCAGUUUUGAUGGAAUCCUGUACUUCUAUCAGUCUGGUGGCAAGAUCCGCAGACCAGCAAAUGUGCCGUUGGAUGUUUUUGCGGAUGAGAUUGUGUUCUACCGGCUGGGUCACGAGGUGAUGGAACAGUUCAGGGAGGACGAAGGUUUCAUUAAGGAGCCUGAGCCUCAGUUACCAACAAGUGAGCUCCACCGUCAGUUCUGGCUCCUGUUUGAGUACCCAGAGAGCUCUAGUGCAGCCAGAGCCGUGGCUGUAGUAUCUGUUCUGGUCAUCACUAUCUCCAUCUGUAUCUUCUGCCUUGAGACUCUUCCAGAGUUCCGCGAUGAUCGAGAAUUCUCUCAUGAAAUUGUCAACUUGACCCGUAGCGUUAAUGGCACACUCCUGUCCACAAACCCUAUGACUAAGACACGGGAGUCUGCCUUCACAGACCCCUUUUUUGUAGUAGAAAGUGUCUGUAUAGUCUGGUUCUGCUUUGAAGUAGGAGUGCGCUUCGUUGUGUGCCCCAGCAAAAGUGAUUUCUUCAGCAACAUCAUGAACAUGAUUGACAUAGUCUCCAUCAUGCCCUACUUCAUCACUGUGAUCACUGAGCUGAUGGCCACUCAAGAUGAAAAUGAAGCAGCUAAUCAGAACAUGUCUCUUGCCACUCUGCGAGUCAUUAGGCUGGUGAGAGUCUUCAGGAUCUUUAAGCUCUCACGUCACUCCAAGGGACUGCAGAUCCUUGGACAGACACUGAAGGCCAGUAUGAGGGAGCUCGGCUUGCUCAUCUUUUUCCUCUUCAUCGGAGUCAUCCUCUUCUCCAGUGCCAUUUACUUUGCUGAGGUUGACGAACCCGAAACACAAUUUGUGAGCAUCCCAGAGGGUUUCUGGUGGGCUGUGGUUACCAUGACUACAGUUGGCUAUGGUGACAUGUGCCCAGUCACCUUAGGGGGUAAGAUGGUGGGCAUUCUCUGUGCCAUCGCUGGAGUGCUGACAAUUGCUCUUCCUGUUCCUGUUAUUGUUUCCAAUUUCAACUAUUUCUACCACCGUGAAACAGAGCAGGCAGAGAAGCAAGUCAUGGAGGCAGCUGCAGAGGCUGCUGCAAACCAGAAAAAUUCAGAUGAGAAAUAUGAGAGCAACUACUCUCUGGACAAGAGCAACGGGAAUUGGCAGACUGAGAAAAACGGCAUUCCUUGAGAAAUGCAGUGCUGCUGAAUCUAGCAUGACUAGCAAUAAUAAGACUGAGCAACAAUGCACUUAGAGAGCGUCAUUUUUUGGGGGGGUCGACGAAUCGCAAUGUAGAUUUCCAUGUAUGUAUUUAAUGCUAUGCACAUGAUGACAGUACCUUUUGUGCUAAGUGCUGUCAUAUUAUGAAACCUCAUGAAUGAUGCAGAUCUGGCCAAAGGUGGCAGGAAACACCUCAGAAAUGUAACUAUGCUGCACUUCAAAACCUUUCGUGAAGAUCUGCCACAUAAAGGGUCUGUGGGAGACUGUCAAAUACUUUUUAAUAGGAGUUUCAUUUUAAUGCUUUCUAUGCAGUUUGACAGCAAAAGAGACUAUAAAUGCCGAACCAAAAAAAAAAAAAACAACAGUCAGAAGUAGAAAGUGACUUACACUACAUUUUGUGAGAAACCUGCUUGCAAUUGCCUGAAGCAUUUAAUUUAGCAGAAUUCAGGUGUUAGUUUUGCAAAUCCCCUCAAAUGAGCGGCAGGGAAGCAUGAUUCUGCACUCUAAGCCUCCUCUCACCACUGCACUUUGCUGAACAUGUCAUUCCUUUAGAGUUUCUUGCUGACACCACCUUUGACAUUGCUGCUUGUGGAAAGAAAAAGCUUACCUCAAACUACCAUCCAUCGUUCAAUGUCACUAAAUGUGUCCUCUACAAUGUCUUACCUGCUAGUUAUCAUAUCAUACAUAAUCAGGCCUGCUUUUAAAUACUGUAUCUAAAGCAUACUGCUGUGCUAUAUUUACACGACCCACUCUGUCACAGCAGCAUCUGCUGGUUGUCCCACAUUUAUACAGGUGUUGCUAUUCAUAACAACAAUUACUUAAACAUGAACAGCAGCAGCCUGUAGCCUGGAAGGCUUCAAAAUUUACAUGGCAUUACUUCUAGCAACUAGUGUUAAUUGCACACAGUGAAGAGUUCUUGAUGUAAAUCACCUCUCAGCUGUGCCACGCACCAUAUCAUCUCUCUUCUUAAAAUUUAAAGAUACAGUAUAUACUGUAUAAACGAGCACUCAACAUUUAAUAAGAUGUAAUUCAAAUAAUGUAGGUUUUGAUAUUUAUAAUAGAUCUCUAGCAAUACAGUACACACAUAUUAGUUAAUAGAACACUGGCCUCCAUGCACACAGAUAUGGCUGAAUAACGCACAUCUUGCAUGAGGUUAUCUCCGUUAGUGAUACGCUUACAGAAUUAACUUAGAUCCAAUAUACGAUACAAUACGAUAUAGUAGAAAAGGUUUAUUUAGUCUUAAGCCACAUGGGAAGCAGAUGUGGCCUCUAUUAACUGCAUUGCAAAGUUGUAUUUAGCUGAUCUGAGUAGGUGUUCUUAUGACAGACAGCAUGAUAGCACUGUGCAUGGUGUUACACACUGAAAAAAAAAACCAAGCCAUGAACAUUUUAAAAAUGUUAAUAAAAAGAGAUAUGUAUUGUUUGCAAUAAUGUGACUUUUUAUCAUCAAUUUGUCAUGCCGUACAGACAAUAGAUAUAAAAACAGUUAUAGACACUCAUGCAGGUGUCGUUUUACCCGAUACUUUGUUGUCCCGAUUCCUAUAACAUGUGGCGGUUUGGUUCAACUUUUUAAAUGUAUUUUAAUUUUUUAAAGACAGCACAUGUUACUUAUUGCUGUUUGUGGUCACACUUUGCAAAAUGUUUGAUUAUGCAUAGCCUCCAAAACCCUUUAAACAACUUACUGACUUUUAACUAUGCACUUACCAGAAACUGGAACUCCUUUUUAAUUAUUUUCAUACUGUAUUGUCUCAGACUUGCACAUUUUAUGUUUUUAAAAAUAUUAAAGCAUUUAUAUGCAUA